GAAUCGUUUGUUUAGGCAGGAGAGUUAAUGGGGAAAGGGGGUGUUACUAGUACAACUACAGCUGCAGGGUUCAGGGGUUCCUUGGAGUAGCAUUUAAGACUUGAGCAGAGGAAAAAAAAAGAAUGGACCUUUUUUUUUUCAAGAGGAAUAAAGGUUUUCUUUUUGUGAUUUUAUAGAGGUGAUGAUUUGGUUUUACUGUGAAAAGAUCUGAAAAGGAAAGAACCCAGAGGGAAGAGAAUGGAUUACUUUCGUCAGAUGAUUCUCAUGGUAAUAGUGGUGGUGAUAUCAUUACAGUGUUGCAGAGUGAGCUAUUUGGGCUUUGCCAUUGUUGCUGAUGCCGAAGAGCUCGGAGAAUGGAGGUUGUUAAUGGCGGAAAGCAGCGAGAGAGACGGAACCCUGUUAAGUAAUGUCGCCGGAGAAGACGAAACCGAGAAGAAAGAGCUUCUGAUCGUGGAAAAGUUCCGAGCUUUGCUUGAUUUGAUCAAACCCUCUACUUCUCCGCCAAGAAAUCCGGCCAAGUCUGAGCCUUUAUCCCCGUGGCCGGCUCCGGUUCCAUCUCCGUCGCCAGGCGGUGGUUCCGGCGAGCCUCCGGCGUAUGCUCCGGCUCCUCUCCAGCCGAUACCUCCGCAUUUCCGUCGUCCAUUGCCGAAACCGAGCCAUCGGUGGAGACAACACGAGUUUCAGAAGCCAAAACGUGAAGAAGGAAUAGGAAAGAAGAUUCUUGUACCUGUCUUGAUCGCUACAGCUUCAGCAAUCGGUUUCGUAGCUUGUGUCUUAGGGCUGUUCUGCCUUGGAGUGAAAAUCAGGAAGAGGAGGAACAGUGUAACGUCGUCAUUUAAGAGGAGGAAGGGUAAAUCUCAGAACUCUUCGACGAGGAAGGUCAGUGUAAAUCCUACGCUUGAUUUCUUGUACCUCAACUCAACGGGAGUUGAUUUGGAGAGACAGUGCUCUGAUUCUGUCAAAGAGACACGAGGAGCGGAGAAGGGUUUGAGCUACAACAAUGGCGGAUUGCUUGAAGAAGAGGUAAAGAAGAGAGAAACAGAGAUUUCGCCUGAUUCGGACAAUGCAAGCAGUUCUUCGACCAAAGAGAUUGUAUCGGUGCAUGAAAAUGAUGAACAGGCAGUAGAUUCUGUUAGUGGUUUUGUUGUAGUUCCUCCAGAAAGCGACUCCUCAGACAAUGAAUCUUUCCAUUCGUUCUGUGCCUCUCAGUCUUCAAGAUUGUCAAAUGCUUCUGCUAAUAUUGCUAUUGAAUCCUCUGAACAUUUUCCUGAGGAUGAGCGGGAGAUCCAAGAAUCUGGUCGAAAAGAUUCCGGAAUCGCUCCUCCUCCUCCCCCACCUCUUCCACCACCAUCGCGUCUGCCGUUUUCAAACAGAUGGCGUCAUUCUUUCUCUUUGCCGAGGCCAAAUCUUCCAGCCCUUUUGCCAGAUUUAUCUGAAAAAGCUUCAGAUUCUUCCUCGAUGACAAAUCUUCAAACCCUUAUGCCGCCUCCAUCUAAAAAUGAUUCUAGUCCUUCAACAAGUACUAAUCUACAGACCCGUUUGCCGGAUCUUUCUGAAAAAGCUCCAGAAACUUCCUCAAGCGCCAAUCUGCAGGCUCCGCCAUGUCCUCCCCCACCACCACCUCCGCGACCUCUGCCUUUGGCGGGAAGCAAGCCACCGCCUCCUCCUCCGUUGUCUCUUAACUUCUCUCAACGUGAACCUUUGGGCAAAGAUGGAGGUCCAUUGCCAAAACUGAAACCGCUUCAUUGGGACAAAGUCAGAGCCACACCGGAUCGUUCUAUGGUCUGGGACAAGAUCAGAACCAGCUCCUUCGAGUUGGAUGAAGAGAUGAUAGAGUCACUCUUCGGAUACACUAUGCAGUGCUCAAUGAAGAACGAGGAAGGGAAGAGCAAAACUCCUUCACCAGGGAAACAUCUUCUGGAGCCCAAGAGACUUCAGAACGUUACCAUUCUCUUGAAAGCUUUGAACGCAUCCACUGAGCAUAUCUGCAGUGCCUUGGUGAAAGGAGAAGGCUUGUGUUUGCAGCAACUAGAGGCACUGGUGAGGAUGGUGCCGACCAAGGAAGAAGAAAGCAAGUUGUGUAGCUACAGAGGAGCCAUUGACGAGCUUGGCUCGGCCGAGAAGUUCAUCAGAGCAAUGCUUGGAGUGCCCUUUUCGUUUCAGCGAGCGGAAGCAAUGCUUUACAGAGAAACGUUCGAAGACGAGGUUGUACAUCUCAGAAACUCCUUCACAAUGCUUGAGGAAGCAUGCAAGGAACUGAAGUCGAGCAGGCUGUUCUUGAAGCUUCUAGAAGCUGUCCUCAAAACUGGGAACAGAAUGAACGUUGGGACAAUUCGAGGUGGCGCUAAAGCAUUCAAACUUGACGCUCUGCUCAAACUAUCUGACGUAAAAGGAACAGACGGGAAGACAACUCUGCUUCACUUUGUUGUUCAGGAGAUCUCUCGGUCGGAGGGGAUCAGGGUUUCAGACAGCAUCAUGGGACGGAUCAUGAACCAGAGGACGAACAAGAACAGAACCAAGGAAGAGAAGGAAGAGGACUACAAACGAAUGGGGCUGGAUCUCGUCUCGGGACUCAACACAGAGCUCCAAAACGUGAAGAAAACAGCCACGAUCGAUCUCGAUGUUCUCACGAGCUCUGUUUCGAAUCUGAGAGACGGGUUAUCGAAACUGAGGUCACUGGCGCAUGAAAAGCUCUCUGGAGAGGAUGAAUCAGACAAAACAUUUGUGGGUUCGAUGAGUUUGUUCUUGAGGCAUGCAGAGAAGAGCGUGGAGGAGUUGAGGGAAGACGAGAAGAGGGUCAUGGAGCGAGUAAGGGAGAUAACAGAGUAUUUUCAUGGCGAUGUGAGAGGAGAUGAUAAGAACCCUCUGAGAAUCUUCGUGGUCGUAAGAGACUUUCUGGGAAUGUUGGAUCAUGUUUGCAGAGAGCUGAGGAGUGUGAGAGUUCCGAGUAGUCCUAAUCCUCUUGCUCCCUUCCGAUGAAUGCUGGAUCCAAAAGACAUAACGGAGACACAGGGAGAUUGUUUGUCUGUUUGUUCUGUAGGAAAUUUUUUUUUUCUGGAGUUUUUUGGGUGUGGCUUUGGGUACUGUAAUAACAGUGGAUUUGGUGUUGUAACAACGUUAAUAUCAGUUGGAAAGGACUUAGGAGAA